AUGUAUCCUACUGAGAGGUGUUACGAGAAUUUUGGGACUUGGUUCCAAUAUGUUACUGCUGUGUUUGGCGAGCGGGAUUUGCGGCGGGGAGUAAGGAUUUUACGUCGCUUGAUUGGUCCGCUUACCCCACGCGAGGCUCUGGAUCUAGUCGAGGAGUGGAUGGCUCUGUUUGGGCCUGCUGGGCCUGAGGUUUCGGGCGCAGCAACCUUUUUCUUUCUCCAUAUGCUGGAGAAUCUAGAUGGCGAGGAGGAGUUCAUCGCUCCCAACCUUUCCGAUUUGGAACGGUUGCGGGAAGCACUUAUUGAAUUUGUAUCCAAUAAGAAUUUUGUUUGCUAUUUUUGA